AUGCAGAUGCCCGUUACCUUCAAGGUCAAGAACCGCACGGUUAACUUCGACUAUAUUCCGGACAUCGACCUUCGUCGUCGUCGUGUGUUUGACGAGCUUGAUGCCACCCACUUCCAGAGCCUGGUCGUGUUUGUCGCUGGAAUCGGCUUCUUCACAGAUGGAUACGAUAUCUUCGCUGUCGGGAUGAUUAUUCCGAUGUUGGGCCAUGUCUACUUCCAAGGGACCAUGCCUACCUCCAUCGAAACUAGCAUGAGAGCGGCCACCCUCGUCGGUACCAUCAUCGGCCAAUUCGUCUUCGGUAUACUGGCCGAUCUCUAUGGGCGACGGAAAAUGUACGGUUUCGAGCUUCUCGUCGUUACCCUUUCGACCAUAGGUGUUGCCAUGGCGGCCGACGGCGCCGCCGGCUCGAUGAACAUCGUUGCAUGGCUGAUCGCCUGGCGCUUCAUCAUGGGCAUUGGGAUAGGCGGGGACUAUCCACUUUCUGCAGUGAUCACGUCUGAAUUUGCUCCAACUCGUUCCCGCGGCCGUAUGAUAUCGACCGUCUUUUAUAUGCAGCCCUGUGGCUACCUAGCCGCGACGCUCGUGGCGAUGAUAGCCAUUGCGGCGCACAGCGGCAGCUUACCACACAAUACACCCGGGAGUGUCGAAGAGAUUGUCUCCUGUAUGGACAAGCAAGAGUGCCGACAAGCAAUGGAUAGUGUGUGGCGGUGGGUGAUCGGCAUCGGCGCCGUUCCAUCAGCCAUUGCCAUUUUCUUUAGAUUCAGUAUUCCAGAAUCUCCACGAUAUACGAUGGAGGUGCUGAAUCGACCAGACGAGGCGUUGGAGGAUGUUAAUGAGAUGGGUUGGCAGCGUGUUCCUCAGAAGACCAUAACUCCUGGCGAUAUUGAGAUGCAGCUUCCGCCUCCACAUCAGCCACAAAGUCAAUCUCAAUCCCAAUCUCAGUCUCAAUCUCAACGUCUGCCUCAGGGCUCUCGCAUACAGACGCCCAAACCACCAAGCAUCACCGAUAGACACAUUUAUGAUGGUGUCUCGCAACAAUCACCUCCUCCCAUCUCCAAUGAUUGGAAUCAGUUCAACGCCAACCAACUCCGCAGUACCUCCAGAGCAACAGAUGCCGCCUCGCAACGCUCUCCUCGCCGCGUCUCACGCACACGAACUGUAUCUAGUGUAAACUCGAUGGCAGGAUCAUCUAUAUCCUCAUCUACCACCACUGAUGAACCGGCGGACAGCACCCUCGUUGACGACGACUUAGGCCUUCCGCCCAAAGAAGCUAGCCAAUGGGCUCAUUUCCGCGCUGGCUUCUACCAGCACUUUAUAACCAACGGCCACUGGCCCACUCUUGUCGGCACUUCCCUUGCAUGGAUAUGCUUCGAUUUUGCAUUUUAUGCCUUAGGGCCGAAUUCGUACAAAGUCGUUGGGAAGAUCUUCAACAAAGAACCGCUCUGCUUCCCUAAAUCAGCCGCUGGAAUGAAAAUGGCUUGCACUCCCCCCAAGCGCAGCUUAUACGAUGAUAUCUUUGAGAACGCCUGGCACUCACUGGUUGUCGUCUCCGUCGGUUCCAUGAUUGGUGGCCUGGGUAUGAUUAAGCUUAUAAAACGCAACUCCCCGCGCACCAUCCAGCUCUACGGCUUUGUCGUCCUGGCCAUAAUCUUCAUCACGAUCGGUGUUUGCUUCUAUUUCGUCGAAAGAGGAAGCUCCGUGCCCCUAAUGGCCUUCCUCUACGUUCUAGCCGAAAUCUUCUUUGAGAUUGGUCCAAAUGUCACAACCUUCAUGAUCCCUGCAGAACUCUUCCCAACCCGCUUCCGCUGCACCGCCCAUGGUAUCUCUGCGAUGUCUGGAAAAAUCGCCUCUGUCUUGGUCCAGCCAUUCGUUGCUUUUGUAUCUAUCGGGAGGCACAAGCCCUCUGAUCCCGGCGCUAAAUGGCUGGCAUUUGUAGUCAUCAUCUUCGCGGCGUUUAUGAUACUGGGUGCUGCGGUUACGAAGUGGCUUAUUCCCGAGACGAGGGGGAAAGAUGGCCAGGCGAGACCGCUGGAAGAGUUACAGUAUCUUGCUAAGAUACGACGACCGAUGAAGAAGAAGGCCGAUGCCCCUGAGGGAGCCGAGGGAGGUGUUGCGGCUAAUGGGGAAGCUAAUGGCAACGUGAAUGCUCAUGGGCUGGGAAUAAAUGGACAGGUAUCUAAUAAUGUAUAA